UAACCACCAAAGUGCAUGAACCAAGCCUCACUCCUAACCUCUAUAUAUACCUUCCAACUGUCCUACUUCUUUCCCCAUCCCCUUCUCCCAUUUCCCAUUUCCCAUUCCUUCUCACCAUAACAAUCAAUAAACUCACUGCAACUAUGCCUUCUUCUUCAGUUUUUGUCGUUUCUAGAUCCACAAUAUACCCAGAACAUCAUGAAUCUGUUAAUAAUUCCUUAAGACUCUCUGUUUCUGAUCUUCCUAUGCUUUCUUGCCAGUAUAUUCAAAAGGGUGUUUUGUUAACCCAACCCCCAACUGAAUUAACUUCCACUCAUCUUAUUUCCCAUCUCAAAAUUUCCCUUUCUAAAACUCUCUCCCAUUUCCCUCCCUUAGCUGGCCGUCUGAUCACUAAUUCCGAUGGCCACGUGUACAUCCUCUGUAACGACGCUGGCGUCGACUUUGUACACGCGAAAGCACCCCAUCUUACAAUUGCCACUCUAAUUCCACCAAAUUACUCCGAUUUGCCACUUUACUUCAGAAAAUUCUUCCAAUUCGAUAGUACCCUGAGUUACGCCGGACACUAUAAACCCUUAAUGGCUAUUCAGGUAACUGAGCUAAACGAUGGCGUUUUCAUCGGAUGCACGAUGAAUCACGCCGUCGUUGACGGAACUUCUUUCUGGAAUUUCUUCAACACUUUCGCUGAAUUUUCUAAGGGGGAGAAGAAGAUUACGAGACAGCCGUUUUUCGGUCGUAACACGGUGUUUGAUUCUCCGGCGGUUCUUCAGUUCCCGGAAGGUGGACCGUCGGCGACUUUCUCCGGCGACGAGCCUAUACGUGAGAAGAUCUUUCAUUUUAGCAGAGAAGCUAUUUUGAAGCUGAAAUUCAGAGCCAACAACAAAAUGGCAGUUAACGGUCAAAACGGAAAAACUAACGGGAAGAUAACACCCGUUAACAACGAGCCGGCUUUGCAAAACGGUGCGGCUGUGAAGGGUACGGCUUCGGAGAUUUCAUCAUUCCAAUCGUUGAGUGCUCAGUUGUGGAGAUCCGUGACGCGGGCCAGGAAGUUGGACGGGAGCAAAACGACGACGUUUAGGAUGGCGGUGAACUGUCGCCAUCGGCUCGAGCAAAAGAUGGAGCCGCUGUAUUUUGGAAACGCGAUUCAGAGUAUCCCAACGGUUGCUUCCGUUAAUGAGCUGUUAACUAACGACUUGAAUUGGAGCGCGAAUCUGCUACAUCAGAAUGUAGUGGCGCAUGAUGAUGCUACCGUGCGCCGGGGUGUGAAGGAUUGGGAAAGUAAUCCUAGGUUAUUUCCUUUGGGAAAUUUCGACGGAGCUAUGAUCACUAUGGGAAGUUCACCUAGAUUUCCAAUGUACGAUAACGAUUUCGGGUGGGGCCGGCCCCUGGCGGUCCGAAGUGGCAUGGCUAAUAAAUUUGACGGUAAGAUCUCCGCCUUCCCCGGACGAGAAGGAAAUGGGACCGUUGAUCUUGAGGUGGUUUUGGCACCUGAGACAAUGGCAGGACUCGAAGAGGACAUGGAAUUUAUGCAAUAUGUUUCUUAAAUAUUAGAAGUGUGAAAUUUCAACUGAACAACGGUGAUCAAGAGAACAUUUGAAAUCAUUAUAACCUCUUGACGACUAGGGUGUUUGUUACGAACAUGUUUAUUAAACUUUGAAAAGAAAGAAAUGUUUCCAACUUUUCUUUGGAUUUAUUCUUGUGGUAAAUUGAAUUGUUUAUGAUAAUAAUAUCAUCAAGGUGAAUUUAUA